CCUCUUAUUUUUAAUUUUCACUUGUCCUUACACCAGUGUAUGGUAAAGAUAAUUAACAGAUAUUGGCUUAAUCAAAAAUUAAUUAAUCAGCAAGUCCAUCUCUUCUUCAGUUAUUAAAAAAGGAAAAUCAUAGUCAUUUCCUUUCUAAAUUUCACAGUUCAUUUUAACAGAGAUAAAUAAAUACCAUAAAGGACUUUGAGGAGGAAAGCAGAGGGAGGUGUGGCAAACCAAGAACAGGGGCAGGUCCUGUGAAGGGGUGGCUCACACACGAGCAGAGGGGCCUCACUCCAUGUGUGGUUUUCUCCUGUUACUGGUCUUGGCUUGUGGUGUGUCUGGGCCCGUAUAAAAUGCUGGUGGGUGAGUCACGCUAAGUUGUUUUAGGUGGACUCUGCUGCAGGAAUAGAAAGUCACUCAAUCUACUUGUGUGGAGGAUGGGGUGCAAGUUGUAAAAUGUGCCCACUGCUCCUCAGCAUGGAAUUCAAGGCCCAUCCAUCUGCCCCUCUUCUUCCUUCUUGGCCUUGCUCUCUCUGCAUCCUAAGGAGGGGUCUCAUAAAAAAUAGCUGUCAUUGUAAAUUGGAAAACCAUCAGGUCCUUAAACUCAGGGUCCCAAGUAGCCAGGGGUGUGGGCUUGGGGCCAGACUGAGAACCUUCCUACGUGGCCCAAGGUGAAUUCCAGAUUUGUCAGGACUCAAAAUUAACUAAUUCAGCUCUCUGUCUCCAAACAGAACCUCAUCUGAAUGCUGGCCGCCUGCGAGCCCAGAAGCUUCGCAGGCUGCUGAGCAGCCACUCUGUGGACACGAGGCCACGCUUCCCCUGACCCAGGACUCAUGCUACUCUUUAAAACUGUUUCCUUCUCUUUGGUCAUUGUUGGAAAACUGAGCAGCCAGAGCUGGCCAGGCCCUCAGAGAUGGUCCGGUCCAGGGCUUUCAUUACAUACAUCAAGAAACUGAGGCCGAGCUGGAAGUGAGCUGCCCAGGGUCUGCCAGCUUAUUUCAGGGUGCUCACCAUGCCCACCAUCUCCCCUGAAUCAAGUUUAGAAGACUUUGAGUAUGAUGAGCUUGCAGAAGCCUGUGAUAUGGGGGACAUCGUGGCCUUGGGAACUGUCUUCCUGGCCAUACUCUACUCCCUUGUCUUUGCCUUUGGCCUGGUGGGAAAUUUGCUGGUGGUGUUUGCCCUCACCAACAGCCAGAAGCCCAAGAGCAUCACUGACGUUUACCUCCUGAACCUGGCCUUUUCUGAUCUGCUCUUUGUAGCCACCUUGCCCUUCUGGACUCACUAUCUUAUAAACGAGCAAGGCCUUCAUAACGCCGUGUGCAAACUCACCACCGCCUUCUUCUUCAUCGGGUUUUUUGGAGGCAUAUUCUUCAUCACCAUCAUCAGCAUCGACAGGUACUUGGCCAUUGUCCUGGCCGCCAACUCCAUGAACAACCGGACUGUGCAGCAUGGCGUCACCAUCAGCCUUGGCGUCUGGGCAGCCGCCAUCUUGGUGGCUGCACCCCAGUUCAUGUUCACCAAACAGAAAGAAAACGAAUGCCUUGGUGACUACCCUGAGGUCCUACAGGAAAUCUGGCCUGUGCUCCGCAAUGUAGAAAUAAAUUUUCUUGGCUUCCUGCUCCCCCUGCUUAUUAUGAGUUACUGUUACUUCAGAAUCAUGCAGACACUUUUUUCCUGCAAAAACCAAAAGAAAGCUAAAGCCAUUAGGCUGAUCUUUCUUGUGGUCAUCAUGUUUUUCCUCUUCUGGACACCUUACAACGUCAUGAUUUUCUUAGAGACACUCAAUCUCUAUGACUUCUUUCCCAACUGUGACAUGAAGAGGGAUCUGAGGUUGGCCCUCAGUGUGACCGAGACAGUUGCAUUUACCCACUGUUGCCUUAAUCCCCUUAUCUAUGCAUUUGCUGGAGAGAAGUUCAGAAGAUACCUUUACCACCUGUACAGGAAAUGCCUGGCUGUCCUGUGUGGCCACCCCGUCCACGUCAGUUUCUCCCUGUCCCCGUCUGAAUCACAAAGGAGCAGGCGAGAAAGUAUUCUGAGCAGCAAUUUCACUCAUUACACCAGUGAUGGAAAUACAUCCAUCCUCCUCUGAAAGCCUUGUCUCUCCAGCAAGCCUGGAGUUUCUGAGACUGACACUGAAUAAUUAGGACAGAUUUUUAAAUUUCUUACAUGCAAGAAACAAUGGGUUUGAUGCCCAAAAGCAAUCCUGAAAGUAUUUUUGAGAAUUGUGCUCAAAAUCUGAAUGAUAAAGGACAGGCAUGUUUCUUAUUGCCAAUGUCAAGAGUUUCUUGUUUACAAAUUACAAAAAUUCAACGCAGAUUAAUUUAGCCUGAAAAGAGGCAGUAUCAUUCGCAUUGUAACAUGGGCAAGGGGGUGGCGAAUCCUCAGAGUGAGUGAAAACUAGAGAUUGAAUCUAGCUAGAACUUCCUCUCUCUGACUCUCAAAUCUCUGAGUGGUAACAGAGAUCCCAGACUCACAUAACACAGUUUUGUCAUCAGAGAGGGAAUGAGACCUAUAUCCCUCUGAUACCAAGGUCAAAAUUCCCAGGGAAGGGCUCUGAUUGGCCAAGUUUGUAUCAGAUUCUCAUCCUUGGACCAGGUGGCAGUAUCCACAGGGAAGACAUAGAUAAGAUGGCAGCUCCCAUUCCAAUCUUGUGGUUGGAGAUGCGUGAAGACAUAUUUCCAAGAAGCUGGAGGGGUGGGUGCUGCUUUGAUCAGAUAUAACAAGAGUUGCCCACCAACUUUACCUGCGUCUAGCCCAGCCCCACCCUGAUCAUACCAGCCAGCACACACCACCAACCUCUUCGCCAUUAAACCCCCUCUGUCAUGUCCCCAAACAUACAAAGGUUCCCCAGCACCUACUGCAUCAAGUCCAAGCUCAAAUGCCUGGCCUCUGACACCCUCCGUCAUGUGGUUCCACCAACAGAUUUGCCAGUACCUCCUCUUCACAAAGGACUCCAGCCACCUUGUCAGUCAGGUCUCUUCAAUCCAGCCACAUGCAUCGCCACCUGCUCCAGAGCCCAGGGGGAUAAACAGAAAAAACAGUGGCCCAUCUGAGAAGGCAUGGUUUCUAGUCCCAACUCUAUCACUUAUCUGCUGGGUAAUUUGGGGCCAACUGAACUUCAGUUUCCUCAUCUGUAGAAUGGAGAUAACAGAACUUUUCAUGUAGGAAGCAUCCUUUCCAGCAUGAGGAACCAGCCUCUAACUCUUGCAGGUUCCAACCCUCUUGUCUGGUUCCCAGACUUCAGCUUUUCCUCCACCUGGCACCGUGCUUAAGUGGUGCUGUUGACAGAGCCUGGAAGGGCCUUGCGGGCUCUGCUGCGUGAUGUAGCUCAGACACAGAGGAGGCUGGCUCCUACAGUGGCGCUCAAUGGACACUUGUAGAUAUACAGGUUGAUAGCCUUUCCUGACCCAACCCUCCCAGACUGCCUGGAACAUUUCCUCCCAAUCAACUGGUGGCAACCCCAUCUGGAGAGAACCCCAUCAUUCAUGCCACUGCCAACCUGGACAGCCAGGGUCCCAGGAGCAGUUUUCCCUUUCUCAGUAAACAUUUGGGAUGGACUGAAAUUUUAAAGCUUGAAAAACAAUUGUGAUGAUGCUAAAGAAAAUAUAAUCUACCCACACAGUAUCUUCAUCUGCCCACCAGAC